UGGCGGCGGCGGCCGGAAGACGAGCGCUGCCUGGGCGUCGGGGCUCUGCGGGCUGGUGGGCUGCGUCGGGCCAGGAUGGUGUGCGAGAAGUGUGAAAAGAAACUUGGUAGAGUCAUCACUCCAGACACUUGGAAGGAUGGUGCUAGGAAUACCACAGAAAGUGGUGGAAGAAAGCUGAACGAAAAUAAAGCUUUGACUUCAAAAAAAGCAAGGUUUGAUCCAUAUGGAAAGAACAAGUUCUCCACUUGCAGAAUAUGCAAAAGUUCUGUUCACCAGCCUGGCUCUCACUACUGCCAGGGCUGUGCCUACAAGAAGGGCAUCUGUGCGAUGUGUGGGAAAAAAGUUUUGGAUACCAAAAACUACAAGCAAACAUCUGUUUAGUGGUACUGAUGACGCUCCUGGCUUUCUGUAUGAUUUUUUGCUUUGAAUUGUGAAAAUAACUUAGAUGCCCAAGUUACAAAAGAAAACACUUUAUGACAAUUAUGUUUUUCCAGGGUACUUGAUUGGUCAUCAUUUUCCCUCAAAAGUAUUUUAUUGGAUUGGAAAGAGUGGCAAAUUUAACAAAAGGAAAUGUUGUCAGUUCUGUAUGCACUUUUUAUUUAACAUUAUUCAUAUAGUUUUUGUCUUCUCUAUAGCUAAUGCAAAAGUCAGGAUAUUAUUGAAAUUUUGCUUUGGAUUUGGCAUUUAGAUUUAUAAUUUAUCCUUAGCCUUUGUUGGUUAAGUAGUCCUGCGAAUCAGUAGUGGCUGGAUUAGUUGUAGUUUUACAAGGUAUUUAAAUAUUUGAGACCAUUAUUGUCCAGUGGUUUCACAGUAAUUACCUUGGACCCAAUGAAACACAUGCUAUAUUAAUUGGCCUUUAAGAUUUGUUCUUGAAACCAGAAUGUCAGUACCUUUCAUAUGGGUAUCAACAAGAACACAACGGAUACCCAAAUAAAUGCACUGGAUUUUAGAAAAACACAUGAUCUGUAUUACGUUAAAUUCAAAGUUUCUUGAUAACUAGGAGGACAGUGUUCUUCCACGACGAUGCGUAAUGAAAACUUAUCACCACUCUCUGGAAAAGCUCUUUUAAAUAGAACCUAAACUUUCAUUUUCCCUCCUCCUCCCUUUCCUCCCCAUAAAGAAAUAAAUAUAUAAAUAAGACAAAUACUUUGACUUUUUCAAAUAUAUAAUAAACUAAAUUUAAUG